CCUCAUGCAGACGUUUACUACCGCUGCCUCUUUUGUGACGGUUGGACGAGCACGACACAGCUAACGCGCCGUUGGUACCUGGAAGCAGAGGCGCCACAGGGGUUCACUUCACUGAGAGAUUAUCCCAAAAACUUCCACGGGCAUCGCUUUCGCAUCGUAGCCAUGAAUUACUUCCCCUACAUCAGCUACAAGAGCUCCCGUGACGUCCCCGGCAACGUGGCCUACCUCACCGACUCCCUCAACACCAGGAUGAUCACUGUACUUGCCAGGAGCCUCAAUUUCACUUACGAUGUGCGGGAGCCCGAGGACGAGCAGUGGGGACUUGAAAUCAGCGGAGGCAAUUGGACAGGGAUCGUUGGGACACUUCAGCAUGAGAAAGCAGACUUCUCCAUGGACCUCACACUGACACCACAAAGAGCAGCAGUCGUGGAGUUCUGCAGAGUGUACAUUGAUGAAGACACUGUCAUCCUGUCCACAAAACCAAGGCCCCUACCUGAGUACUUGUCUUUAAUUAAUCCGUUUGGAGGUCUGGUGUGGAUGAUGGUGGUGGUGGAAAUAUUUGUAUGGGCGGCGACGCUUUGGCUCCUGUUAAAUAUCAGCGUGCAUGUGUACGGGGGUUGGCGCCUCAGCUUUAAUUCUGCACUCUUUUAUGGUUGGGGGCUGCUUCUGGAGGAGCAACCGUUCCGGCCACCGAAGGAACCCGCAGGCAAGGUAUUACAUUAUGAUCCGGAGUACAAAGGCUCCGAAAAUUACCAAAGGACAUGAUUGCUAUGGUCCAGACGUCUAAAGGCGCUGCUCUGCUCUGCUCUGCUCUGGGGUUUCAUUUCCUGGCAACGACUUAAGAUCUGUCCAGUCUUUAGAUAAAUUUCUCAAUUUGUCUGUAAAUGGU